AUGGAAAGAUUUUUCCAAAAAGGAUACGCGAAGAUGGCAGUCAAUGAGCCGACAGGUAAAAGGGUUAGGUAUUUGCCACAUUUCGGAGUACAGAAUAUAAAUAAGCCUGGCAAAGUACGGAUAGUUUACGAUUCAGCCGCAGAAUCCAGAGGGAAGAGCUUUAAUAGUUUCUUGUUAGCGGGCCCAGACCUCUUAAAAUCAUUGUUAGGAGUGUUGAUGCGUUUCAGGCAGUUUGCCUACGCGAUCAAAGCGGACAUACGCGAUAUGUUCUUGAAAAUUAAAAUCAGUAAAGAAGAUCAGGAUGCGCAGCGUUUUCUAUGGAGAGGCGCGAAUCGGACGGGCGAACCGAAAGAAUGCAUAUUCACAUCAGUUUUGUUCGGCGCGAAGUCGUCACCCUGCACAGCAAUUUACAUUAAGAAUAAAAACGCGUCACAGUAUCUAUCACGUUUCCCCGCGACAGCAAAUAGUUUAAUAGAAAAUUGCUACAUGGAUGACUUCUUAGAUAGUUGCGAAACGAUUACCGAAGCCGCGGAACGGGUUGAGCAAGCUAUAACCAUCAAUGAGUUCGCGAAUUGGGAGAUGCACGGUUGGGCCAGCAACGCGCCGGAAGUCCUAGAAAAUCGGAAAAUUGAUGACAAUGCGGGUACUUUAGUGAAAGAGGAUGUGAAUAAGCUUAACAACGAGAAAAUUCUCGGGUUGAAGUGGGCAAAUUCGUCGGACGAGUUAAUGUUCAACUUUAAUCAAAAGAAAAUCACGGACGAUUUUUAUAGUGGUCAGAAAAGGCCAACAAAACGCGAAUUCCUAGGGGUCAUAAUGUCAGUUUUCGAUCCGCUUGGGUUCCUUACACCUUUCACUAUACAAUCGCGAAUAUUGAUGCAGAACAUCUGGUCCAGCGGUAUAGGUUGGGAUGAGGCCUUGCGCGACGAGGAAUUCGAACACUGGCGGCAGUGGUUACAUGAUUUGGAAAAAGUAAAGAUUUGCAGUAUUCCUCGGUGUUAUCAAAAUUAUGAUUAUCAAGUUAGGGAAGCAGAAUUACACGUUUUCUGCGACGCGAGUACUAAGGCCUACGCAGCUGUAGCUUAUUGGAGAUUCAUCCUAAAUAAUGAUUCAUUUCAUGUUGCUAUCAUCAUGGCGAAAAGUCGUGUAGCACCUUUAAAGCCGUCCACGAUACCGCGAUUAGAGUUGCAAGCGGCACUUGUAGCGACGAGGUUAGCUAGGACAAUCGAAAAGGAACACGAUUUCAAAAUUAAACGCAGAGUAUUCUGGUCAGAUUCCCAAACGGUUUUACAUUGGAUAAGCAAAGACCCACGAGAGUUUAGAGUUUUUGUAGCAAAUCGAUUAGAUGAGAUUCGCGAGAAUUCGGAAAUCAAAGAGUGGAGAUGGGUCCCGACGAAGGAUAACCCAGCAGAUGACGGAACGAGAGCCGCGCCGAAUGCGUUAGACAAAGGUAGCAGAUGGUUAACGGGACCGCCCUUCUUGCGCGAAAUAGAAUCUUCAUGGCCAUCCAACAAAGAUAAGUUUAACGGGAAUCCGGAAGACUUGGAAUAUGUAAAAACGCUUCGAUCAGUCAUGAGUAUAGAAGGAGAAUUGGCCAUUAUUGACUUUUCUAGAUUCUCCUCUUUGAAUCGACUCUUAUUUGUUGUAUCCCGCGUAUUAGAGGCCAUAGAUAUUUGGAGGAAUAGAAAGCAUACGUUAAUAGAAAGAAGAGUUAAUGCAGAAAAAAUCUGUUACAAAUUGAGUCAAUCGAUUUCAUUCGCGGAAGAGAUAAAUUGCAUUAAGAAAUCGAAAAGCAUCCCUAAGAGCAGUAAGAUUGCUCCAUUAGGCGCGUUUUUAGAUAUGGAUCACGUUUUGCGCGCGGAAGGACGAUUAAAAAAUUUCAUUGGACAGGACUUUGAGACCCAACCGAUUAUUUUAGACGCGAGAGAAGAUUUUGCCCGACUCCUAAUUAAAGAUUAUCAUGAGCGGUUCUACCACGGAAAUCAUGAGUCGGUGAUUAAUGAAAUAAGGCAAAGGUUUUGGAUUGUGGGGUUGCGGCAAGCUUUAAAAGGCCUGGCUGCAAGAUGCAUCAUUUGUACAAUACGUCGAGGUCUACCAGCGAAACCAAAAAUGGCCGAUUUACCGCCCGGUAGGUUAGCAGGUUUCCUACGUCCAUUUAGCCAUUGUAGCUUAGACUAUUUCGGGCCGAUGCAGGUGAAGAUAGGUAGGACGUGA